UCCUGACCUUUAAUCCUGCUCUCUCUCCUGAAGAACAGCAUGUGAAGAGAUUGUUCCUUCUGUCUGGUCCUGGACCUCAUGCCCUUCUCCUUGUCCUCAUGCCACGAAUAUAUACAGAUCUAGAGAAAGACGCGCUCAAGCACAUUAACACCACUUUUGGUGCAGGUUCAUCUGAGUAUGUGAUCGUCUUCUUAAUGCACGAGUAUGUGAGUGUUCAAGAACUGGAUCAGUAAAGUCUCUAGACUUCCAGAUGAACACACCGUCAUCUACAGAAGAAUGGAAACCAUAGACAGAGUUUCACUUCAAUGUGAGGCAGAUGAAACACAUUAAAAUACAUUUAGAAUGAGCAAUAACUGCUGUACAAAGAGUAAAAAAAACAAUGCAGAAAAGCCAAAUUGCGUAUAUGACCACAAUUAUUCUGUCAAAUCAAUCAAUCAACUCAUUCUGUGUGUGCUAGACCAGAGCCAGUUUCUUAUUCUCCUCAUAGUGGAACAUUUCAGCCCACUUUUUUUUUUUUUGAGGGCAAAAGUAACUACAACAAGAGUGUCAGGGGAAAACAGAAAUGAGAUAUCUGAAACAUUUACUAAUAAACAGUGUUUUCUGAGUCAGUGUUACGGUGUAAAGGGUUUUAUCUAGACAGGAAGUCAGCAAGAAACUCUUGAUCUACAAACUGAGCACAGAUCAAACAAAUGGCCACGUACAAGAUCUGUGUCCACCUUGCAGAUCAAACCAUGUUUCUGGAGAAAAGUGACCACAGAAGGUUUCGGUUUGAUUCAGAUGAGCUGCUAGAGUCACACCUCAGUAAUUCUGCCAAUGUCAGGUGGUAGAUAACUUGAACUCUUAGUUUCUUUUUUAACCAUGAUUAUUAGCAACAUUCUGAAAGAUCAACAACACGAUCAGUGUUACAUGAUCAAAACAGUUCAAGUCUUAAUUAGAGGCAGAAGAUUAUUUUGAUAAGUACAGGACGUAUGACGUGUGUUUCGUUGUGAACUACACGAGGGUCAAACUCUGUUGUGGGGGGCUCAUACCAGAUCAGUCCACAGUCAUUUGAGAUCAGACACUGAACGAAGAAAGAUGUUUCACACGCUGGUGGUCUUCUGUUUGAGCUGCUGUCAUCUGACUGGUGUGUUUCCUGCUAAAACUAAUGGGAAUCAGUCAGUGAUGGAGGGAGAUUCAGUCACUCUAGACUCUGAUCUUACUGAAAUGAUGGAUGAUGAUCUGAUUCUGUGGACGUUUGGACCUGAAAACACUCUAAUAGCUGAAAUUAAUGUCCUGGCUGACAGCAUGACUCUAUUUGAUGGUGUUCUUGAUGGUAUAUUCAGAGACAGACUGAAGCUGGACGAUCAAACUGGAUCUCUGACCAUCACACACACCAGAACUGAUCACGCUGGACAUUAUAAACUAGACAUCAAACGUGCGAUCAAGACUUUCAAUCUCACUGUGUAUGGUGUUCUGCCUGUUCCUGUCAUCAGCAGAAACUCAUCAUCAUCAUCUUCAUCAUGUUCACUGGUGUGUUCAGUCGUGAAUGUGAGUCAUGUGACUCUCUCCUGGUUCAGAGGAAUCAGUUUAUUGUCCAGCAUCAGUGUGUCUGAUCUCAGCAUCAGUCUCUCUCUUCCUCUGGAGCUGGAAGAUCAGGAUAAAAACAGCUACAGCUGUGUGCUCAACAAUCCCAUCAGCCACCAGACUCAACAUCUGGACAUCACUCAGCUCUGUCACACAUCUGCAGAUCAGGGCCUUCCUUUACUGUACGUUGUGCUUAUCGCGUCUGGAUCUCUGUUGAUUGUAGCUGCAGUCGUGAUCUGCUGCAUCUGCAAGAAAUGUAGAAAAACAGGUCACAGGAGCACACAAUUAAUAUGCAUACAUAUUUAUCAUUUUAAAACAAGUUCAUUUCCAUUAAUAAUGAAACUUUGUCAUUUUAAUGCACAUGUGAUUAUUGUUAAUGCAGUCGAGACGCACGAUGAAGACAGAACUGAUUCAGUGUUGUGUAAACCAACACCAGCAAAAACAAAAUCAAAGAUGAAUGCUGUUUAUGAAAAUGUUCCCAAAAAAUGGUGAUAAGAUGCUCUCCCAUAUGCACAUAAAGAUAUUGUAUUGUUUAAAAUGUUGUUGCUCUGUAUUAGUUAAAUUUUGUUUUACAUAAAUAGCAUUCAGAAACCUAACACAAAAUAAAUUGCCUGUUUUUAUCUUGCCAUAUGAAAAUUGU